AUGAGUUCAGAGAAAAACGCAACUACGCCAUCACCAGUUUUAUGUGAAAAUAAUUGUGGGUUUUAUGGAAAUCCAGCAAAUAAUAAUUUAUGUUCCAAAUGUUAUAGGGAGUUUCAAGAAAAAAAAAAAAAAGAGAUUUCUCAAGUUGAAAAAAUCAACGAAAAAAAUAUAAAUGAUACAUUAAAUUAUAAUAAAAUAAAUGAAUUAAUAGAACCAUCAUAUUUAAAUGAAAAAUCUUUAGAUAAUGAAAAAAUUCCAUUAUAUUCAGAGAAAGAUAAUGAAAAUGAAACUGAAGAUAAAAAUAAAUGUUAUUUUUGUUGUAAACGUAUAGGAUUAUUAGGUAUUAAAUGUAGAUGUAAUCAUUAUUUUUGCUCACUUCAUAGAUAUGCAGAUGCACAUAAAUGUACUUUUGAUUAUAAAAAUUUUCAUAAACAACAGUUAAUAAAAAAUAAUGUCAAAGUUGUUGCGGAUAAAGUUGAAAAAAUAUAA